UGGUCAUGGAAAAUCCGUAAGCGGCGUGAGAGGGGAAGUAGUUAAAAAUAGCAUAAACAGAGACUCUCAAUUCUGUACCGAAUUGUCAUAGAUUGUAUACAAACUUUAUAUGGUACGGACAAACAAAAACAAUUCAACGGAGAGAAACUCGCAAUCCACUAUAUUCUUUGCGAAAAGAAAUCGGGACAAGCUAAAUUAGUGAUGCGGCGAUAAAAUAAAAUGAAAAUUGGUCAUUGUGUGUGUACCUUGCAUUAUUGAUAUAAUUGCGAUUCAUACGUGCGAUUUUUCGUAUAAAACGGGGAUAAGUUACGUCCCUUCUUCUUCUAUUUCAACUGGCACUGAUUGAAUAAGGUAAGGUCCAACCUUAAUGCCAAAGUUACGUCGCGAUGCUCAUUCAUGACCAUUCGUGACCCGAGGUCUCCAAAACGAUAUAUAGAUAGUCGUUAAUAUCCUGGAUCCACGAAACUCCCAUUUAAAUUGGAACGUACUUCAAGUACAACCAAGUACAUCCCAAAUGACAAAUACCAUGGGUGGAGCACACUUAUGUAUGCCACAGUCCAUCUUUCAACAGAUGAUGGAUCAGCAAAAUCCGCAGCAGCGACAAGUUGGAUCUUGGAUGCAUAUGCCACAGGUACCGCCAAUAACUAUUCCGUGGAGCGUACCAGCUCUACAACAACAAGAGUUGAUUAGAUUUACCGGAGAAACCAGUUCUGGACCAAUACUCCAUCAGAAAAGAAAGUUGGAAGCGCCGGAUGUUGUAGAUAUGCAUCAAAGCAAGCAGUUUAUAACAGAGGAAAAAAUGACUGCACAUUUCAAAAGUUUGCGCAUUAGUUCCAUUCAUGAAACUGAGAGUCCAGUACCAUCAACUUCAUCAUCUUGCUCUCAUAGGCAAUUGGAUAUGGAUCUGGAUGUUGAUGGAAGAAAUGCAAUAAAUGGUGAACAACUGACUGACGUACAUCCGAGGUUAGUCCUUUCAGAGGAACUCAAGCGAAUACAAGAGGAACCUAUUUUGCCAUCGACUCUUCUGUCUAAAUUAGAAAGGCCCUCCAUGGCUGUAGUCCUAUGGGAGCCACCAAAUAGACAUCUUCGUAUCCUGCCAACGAGAGAUACUCCAACGCCAAUCCCAAGUACAUCGGGCGACAAUAAUAAUAAUAAUAAUAAUAAUAACAACAACGAUGCUACUCCCGACUUAAAUAACAUAACAUCUAGUGCCCUAUCAACAUUCGAGCCAAUGGAGUUAUGAAAAUCUUUAGAUCGGUAUAGUACACACAUUUUAUCUCCAUAUAUAUUAAAAAUAAGAAAAAUAUAAAUAUAAAUAUUGUAUUACUCUAAGCUGAAAACGUUUCAAUAAUCUGUAAGAUGUAAAGUAGAUUAGAAUAAGGGAUGAAAAAUAUGAAGCUUUGUAACAUGACUUAUCUCCUAUUUGUAAAAUAAUUGUUUGAAUGAUAAUUGGAAUGUGAAUUCGAAUGUAAAUUAGAAUUCGAUUUUUGAAACGUAAAUUCGAAAUACGUCGCUAUUUUCGUUCUAUUCUGAUUGUGAGUGUUGCUUCAGUGUACUUUAUUUAGAUUUUACUAUUUAAAUAUGAUAUUUUUCUCUAUAUUGUACGUAUGUAUACGUAUAUUAUGUGUAUCAUCAGUUUUUGUGUAUUACAGUUUCUCUUAUUUAUGUCGUUUAUGUUAUAUAUCAUUAUAAAAAAUUUAUGUUGAAUAGCCAUAAAUCAUUAUUGAUAGGAAGAGAUUAUUUUUACAUAUAACCACUAUAUAUAUUGAAUUAAUAUAUAUUGAAAUCGAGAAAUAAUUCAACAAAGGACCGUCUACCUAUGGACUAUGUCUAUCAUUUUUUAUUUGUAUUUUUUUUUUUUUUUUUUUU